AUGCACAUGCUCGAGACACCUGGUGCAUGCGCCUUCAAACAAAGAACUAUGUGUGCCUCGCCCUGGGCGAGUAUACUGACAAAUACCAUUUGCCAAAAGCCCAUUGUUAUCGAAAUCGCCUUUGUCACAACGAGGCACUUAACCAGAGCAGCCACAGAGCCUCCUAUAAGAGGGAGUAAUCAACCUAGUUAUGCAUGGCCACUAUUUUACUCCUCUCUAAGAAAGGAAACCAUGGGCAUGUGCUACUCGGAGAGAAUAGCCAGCAUCUGCAAAGAGUGUGAUGAGGUCCUCUGGCGCGGACAUCCCAAAUACAACAAAUGCUUACAGGUGCUGAGGGACAAGAGACGCUUUGGUUCUUGCGGGAGCGCGAACCAAAUCACUAACACUACACCGACAGCACUCUGCCGGAAGUGCAGAAAAGCAAGUGUAGACCAUGAAUCAAGGGUAUCAUGGGAUAAAUGUUAUAGAAGUAGACUGUGGUGCUUUGGCUAG